AUGGCUGGGAUUACGGGCACCAGUGUCAGAACUAAGACUGAAAAAGAUAUCACUGAAGAACAAUAUGGAAAUCUUUAUUGUAAUUAUAAUCAAUUACUUGAAUUAUAUAAACGUCAACAAGAUGAAUCUGUAUCAUAUUAUAAUGAAUAUACACGUAUUUUUACUCUCUAUAAUGAUCUUAAUACAAAAUACAAUCAACUUGAAAUCGAUUAUAAAUCUAUUCAAUCAUUAAUUCAACAAAAAAAUGAAGCAUAUUUACAAUGUCAAAAUGAAUUAAAUACUUAUCAAAAUUUAUUAUAUCAUCAAAAGAAAAAAUCUGAUGAUAUUGAUUUAUUACGUUCAACAUUAAAUGAACGUGAAAUAAAACUUCAACAAUUAAUUAAUAAUGAAAAUCAAUUACUUAUAAAACAAACUGAAUUAGAAACUAAUAUGAAAUUAUUAGAAGAAAAUAAUAUUAAAUUAAAAUCAAAUCAACAAUUAUUUGAACAAAUACAAUUAGAUUUAAAACGUAUUACACAUGAACGAGAUUUAGCUAUUGUAGAAAAAAAACAAAUAGAAAAUGAAAUAAAAUUUAAUAGAGAAAAACUUUUACAAUCUGAAGAACGUGAAGUAAAGUUAACGAAUGAAGUUGAACGUUUAUGUCAAAUAGAAAAAUCAUUAAGAAAUCAACUUGAACAAAUAAAUAAUUCAAAUCAAGAAAAAGUCGAACUUAUUCAUCAAUUUACUAACAAUAAUGAACCAUCUCAACAAGAAUUAUUAAUAGAAUUAGAAACAUUAAAACACGAAUAUGCAAAAAUUAAAGAAUUGAAUAUAAAUUUAACUAAUCAAUUACAAGAUCAAAUUAAAUAUUCACAAAAUUUACAAAAUAGUCUUAAUCAAUUUCAACAAGAACAUGAACAACAUAUAAAUGAACAUUUAUUUCAAUAUCAAGAUUCUUUACGUGAACAAAUCUCAAUCUCAGCUCGUUUAACAAAUGAAAAUAAUGAACUUCAUCAACAUUUAGAAGAAUAUAAUGAAAUAUUAUUAUCUGUAAAUCGUUUAAAUGAUGAAAUAAAAAUAAAAGAUUUAUUAAUAAAUAAACUUCAAAUUGAAAUUGAAAAUAGAAAUAAACAAAUUUUAGAAUUUAAUGAAAAUUUUCAAACAAUAAAUGAUACACGUAUUGAAAAACAACUUGUUAAAAAUAUUCUUUUAUCUUAUUUUCAUACACCAAUUGAUAAACAACAAGAAGUUAUUCCAAUUUUAGGUGCCUUAGUUGGAUUUACACAAGAAGAAUAUCAAAAAGUUAUGAAUGCAAUAUCGAAUAAUUAUAAUAAUAGUGCAAGUACAAAUUGGUUAACUGGUUGGCUUAAUACAAAUUCAUCAAAACCAAGAAUACAAUCGAACAUUUCAUUUGAUCAAUCGGAUAAAUCAUUUACUGAAUUAUUAAUUCAAUAUGUUGAUCAACAAUCAGUGGAUACUUUUUCACAACCAAUAUCAAAUUUUAAUACAGAUGAAU